CAUUUAGCUUGCGUUCCCAUGGCUGUUAUCAGCGCAGUGAAGCGUAAACAAUUCAUUGCACUACACUGGCUAGAACUGUUGCUUUGCUGCAGUAAUGGCAUCGUCUAAAUUCUCCUGAUAAUUUUUUUCUCUGUCAGAAAUAACAACUCAAAGAGUGAAAGCAAGCUCGAUAAGCGUAGUUUACGGUCAGUAUUAUCCCAUCGUCGCUACCAACACCGCCGUCGCUGCCGCCGCUUGUCCGUACUUCUGCACCUGCAAGCCUAAUAUCUGGCAGUGUUCGAGUAGCAGUGCAAUGACCUGGCCGCUGGAUAAUAAACCGCAUGUCGUUGUGAGAGGUGUAAAAAUGUUGGAUAUGACAGGAUCGGAUGUGAAUGUGCUCCCGAAUUGGCCGCCAACCCAUAACUUCCCGGAUCUGCAGCUAAUCUUCCUGGUCAACACAAUCUUUGAAGGUUACCAAUGCCGCGAGCUGGAAUGCUUGGAGAAACUCGGUUUAAAGAUUAUCGCUCCGCGAUGUGGCAAAGAUAAACGUAAUGGUUGCGCAUAUCCCCCGUGCUGUCCGUGGUCCACCAGCAGCUUUCCUCCAGCCGGGUUUCCAACGCUUAGGCCACUGCCGUAUCCGCCCGGUGCUUUUACUACCGCAGCUACUGCUGUCCCCACCACCACCAUCACCACCACCACUACCACUACCACAACAACAGCGACUGCCGCAAUCAAAGAAAUUGAGCAAGAACCCAUUGCAACACCCGCCGCAGUAUUUAGUACAAUUAAGCAAGAGAUCAACAGCAGCAACAGUGGUGGCACAUCAGAUUCGGCUUUCAUGUCUUACAUUGUUUUUCAAUAUAAUAUUUCCGACUCUGUUCAUGCUCCUGUCACUUCCACCCCAUUUGAUUUGAAUGUCCGUUCUUUGACCACCACCACCACCACCACCACCACAAAGUCCGGUGGAACAUUAAAUUAUAUCGAUAGCAAUAUGAGCAGCAGCAUGAGCAUCAGCAGAUCACCAGGAAAUAUAUCUCAAUCACUAAACAACACCCUCUCCACCACGGCUGUGUACGACGAUGAGUUAUCAUCGGAUACGGCGGCAACCGGCAUGGCUAUCACACCGUCAACAACAACAAUUUUCCCCCAAAAUACCACUGCUGCUGCUGCUGCUGCGGCGCCCAUUCUCCGAAUCGCAAAUAGUACUGUUGGUCUAUUGGCAUUUGCCCAUACGGUUCAGAAUGGCAGCACCGCAAUCGUCAGCACGGCUGUGCCAUCGUCGCCAAUGAGUAAGAGUACGAGUACAACCACGACGACAACGAUCACGCCGUCACCGACGACGACGACAACGAUCACGCCUUAG